UAUAACACACCAACAUAUUACUUAUUGAACCAUUACGAAAUCAAAUUAUCGAGUUGGGAAUCUUCAUUAGGACCAUUCUACAUUAUCCUUAUAUCUAUCUUGAAACGAUGCAAGUCAAAUCUCUAUUAGCAGCUGCUCUACUGGUCGGCCCAGGGGUCCUAGCUGCCCCAGCUUCACUUGAAGCUGUUGCACCUGUCAACAAGCGUGAGGCUUCUGACAACGUUGAAAAGAAAUCACCCGACGGACAAGAGGGUAAUGAAGACUGGUACCACCACCAUGGCUACGGCGGCUAUGGUGGAUACGGUGGCUACCACCCCAAAGUCCGCCGGGACAUGGAUGAAGAUGCACAAGCAGAGGGAAAUGGCUACGGCGGGUAUGGUGGAGGUUACGGCGGAUAUAAUGGAGGAUAUGGUAAUGGUUGGGGCAAGAGUAAGAGAGGUGAUGAGGGAUACAAGCCAUACAAACCAUACAAGCCAGACUACGACUGGUACCACCACCACUACGAGCCCGGCUGGUAUCCUCGCCACUAAUUACUUCACAAUGAGUCCAAAUCUAGAAUAAAUUGAGUUGACAGGAUAUUUGGUAUACUCGAUGGCAAACAAUAAAUUGGAUAAAACUA